UGGUUAGUUCAUUGAAGUGGCCAAUCAUUUCAAACUACAGAGCUUCUGUGUGCACUCAGUCAUCCAGGCUGGAAAUGAUCGAUACCUUGUUUACGCCAGUUGGAGAUGACGAUCAUGUCCUCAUUAAGGAUUCAGUAGUUGACUUCCUCAAAAACAACAAUGGUCAGAAGCCGGAACAAAUUAUCAUUUUCAGGGAUGGUGUUAGCGAGAGCCAAUUCAAUCAGGUGCUGAACGAUGAGCUAGCUCAAAUCAUGGAGACAUGCAAGUUUUUUGGUGGCAAGCACUUUAGUGGCAACUGGUUCCCCAAGUUCACAGUGAUGGUUGCACAGAAGAAUCAUCACACGAGAUUUUUCCUACGGAAUGGACAGAGACCUGAUCAAGUGACUAAUGCCCCCCCUGGGGACUACAAGGCCAACACACUACCAUGUGCUCCAAGAUGAGACAGGCUUCUCCGCUGAUGAGCUGCAGGAGCUUGUCCACUCCCUUUCCUAUGCGAGCACCACAGCCAUCACAGCUGUUGCUCCCAUCUUCUACGCACACCUUGCGGGGCGCAGGUGGCCAAGUUCACCAGGCUCAAUGACAUGUCGGAGACGUCGUCCCAGGCUGAGGCUGCCCCGGUGCCGGAGCUGCCUCGUCUGCAUCCCACGAUAGCAUCGUCCAUGUUCUUCUGCUGAAUCGCGCGGUUUCCCCAUCAUCGGUGGUUGGAAGCGACUGAAACUUUACCAAAUGCUAGACGGAACCGGUCGUAUUGUUCAUGCCUGAGCGCUGAAGUAUGCUUUUGGUCUUAGCUACUAGAUUUAAUGGAUGUUAUCUCCAAGAACAAUCUUUGAUUGCUAUCAUGGAGUUGCUUGCCAACAAUAAUUUGUACUUUUGAUGGUCAAGACCUAGACCCUCUGCUCAUGUGCAAGGUGCCAACGUAUUCUGGAUGUUAAGUUUAUAAAUAUGGUCGACAGCAUGUCCAAUGGUUUAUAAGUUUGGGAUUCACAAUAAGUGUCUUUAUAGUUUUGUGAUUA